AUGCCACAUCUUCCGCAUCUAGCCAGCCUUCGCGACCACAUCAAGCAUCUCGGCAAACAUCGCCACCCUGAAGAGGAAGAGGGCUCCUUCCACUUGCCGUCCCCUAUACCAUCGCCUACUACCGAGCACCCUGAGAUCACCUUCACCGAGAAGGAUAAGGCGGAUAUCGCCGGUUUGAUCGCAGAAUACGGCUCAUCCUCCAACACCUCCUGGCUCGAGUUCUCUCGAUACAAGAUAUGGCGCGCCGACAAGGAUAUCGAGGGCUCAUCGUUCCGCCCUGUGCAGGGUUACCUGCGCUCCGACCCAUACGUCUUCGCCUGGGGCAACCCACUCGUUUCUGACCCUGCCGCCCUCGACGAGACAUGCUACCAGUUCUGGAAGUGGUGCAAGAACCGGAAGCUGAAGCUCAUCUGGUGUUGCGCGGACGGCGAGAUGGAGAAGGUGCUGGGGAAGAACUCGCGGUUCGGGUGGAGUACCGUGUCGUGCAUCGUCGAAGACAUGCUGGACCCGAAGGCCGUCGUCGAACUCGCGAAGUCGACCGGGAGCGGCGCCGAGGUCAAGGACUUCAAAAAGAACAUCCGUCGCGCCGAGCGGGCUGGUAUCACCGUCCGUGAGAUCAAGUGGGAUGCCUGGACGGAUACUCAGAAGAAGGAAGUCGAGGAGGGCGUGGCGGCGUGGAAGAAGCACAAGAAGUCCGCUAACAGCAUGCAGAUUGCCUCUACUUCCUUCCAACCUUGGGUUGACGCUGAGCAUCGUCGUUACUGGGUGUCCGAGCAUCAGGGCAAGAUCGUCGGCCUCGUCGUUCUCUCGCGCAUCCAUCACGACCAGUAUCAGAUCAAGAACCACGCCGCUUUCCCGAACGCACCGCACGGGACGUCAGAGUAUCUCAUCUACCAGGCCAUGGACGCGCUAAACAGCGAAUCCGACGAGCCUGGUACUAAUGGCACGCUCUUCUGGGAGCAGAACAGCAGCGGUCACGGCCACGACGGCACUGCACCUUCGGAGGCCUCGAGCGCUGUCAUAUCGCCCUCUGCUAGCCAAUCUGGACAUACAUCGUCGAACCAGGCGGAGCGCCCAGACAAGACUUACGCUGAGGAGGACGCUACGUCCGAUCAGCUUCGUCGGGUCUCCGUAACAUUCGGCAUCACCGCGAGCGAAGAGCUCAUACCCGUCGACAACUUAAAGGGUUGGCGCGUCUCGUUCCUUACCAAGACUUACAACACCAUCAUCAGCCAUACAGGCAUCACUAGGCGCGGAGACUAUAGGAGCAAGUUCCAUACCGUGCAUCUGCCGAUGUACGUUUGCUUCCCCCGCAAGCAAGGCUUCGGUGUGGAGGGAGCCACAAAGCUCAUAAAGUGUCUCCGGCAGUGA